UUCGCCGCCGCCGCCGCCGCCGCGCGGUGGUUCCCGCGGAUCCGCGCGCGCCGCCGGCCGGGAGAGCUCUCAGACCGCGAGGAGAGCCGCAGGAACCCGUGGGACGCAAUGCGAGCCAGCUUGCAAGGAACAGAGCCGGACUGAGGAUUUGGGAGAUGAAGGAGGGAUCUGUUGACACUCUAACCUCAUGUCCCUCAGAGCCAAAUGAGCACCAGCCAGGAGAGCUUGAACUGUGUUUCAAGUUGUGUUACCCUCUUACACCUAACUGGUGGUUGCUUGUGACGAAGCAUCUUCCUACUCUGGACAGGAGGCCGGGUCCUGGGACUGGCGCUCUGACGUCAGGGAGCUGGGCCCUCUUGCAGGAGGAAGCACACUGCAGAGCUGACGCCGUAGUGCAGCAUGGUUGCCUGAGCCAGAAGCUUCAGCAAUUGCUGGAAUAACCGGAGGGGAAAUAUGAAACCUUAGUCGUUCACCCGGCAAGAGAGUUUCAAGAUGGCAGCUCAGCGCAUCCGAGCUGCCAACUCCAGCGGCCUCCCGCGGUGCAAGUCCGAGGGGACCUUGAUUGACCUGAGUGAAGGGUUUUCAGAAACAAGCUUUAACGAUGUCAAAGUGCCUUCUCCCAGUGCCUUGCUGGUAGACAAUCCCACGCCCUUUGGAAAUGCAAAGGAAGUGAUUGCAAUCAAGGACUACUGCCCAACCAACUUCACCACCCUCAAGUUCUCCAAGGGCGACCACCUCUACGUCCUGGAUACGUCGGGCGGGGAGUGGUGGUACGCACACAACACCACGGAGAUGGGCUACAUCCCUUCCUCUUACGUGCAGCCCUUGAACUACCGGAACUCCACCUUAAGUGACAGCGGGAUGAUCGACAAUCUUCCAGACAGCCCGGACGAAGUAGCCAAGGAGUUAGAUCUGCUCGGAGGAUGGACAGACGACAGGAGGGCGUCGAGCAAAACCUACAGCAAUAAUCCUUUCUGGAACGGCGUCCAAACAAACCCGUUUCUCAGUGGGAACGUGCCAGCAAUGCCCAGCGUGGACCUACCGACCCCCAGAAGCGCCGUGGACUUGCUGCUCUUCGAUACGGGCACGUCCUCGUUCACCGAGUCCAGCCCAGCCACGACCAACAGUGCCGGCAACAUCUUCAGCGAGCUGCCGGCCACCAGCCGCCUUCACGCGGAGCCCACGGUCAGGCGGGACAACCCUUUCUUCCGGAGCAAGCGCUCCUACAGCCUCUCGGAGCUCUCCGUCCUCCAAGCCAAGUCCGACACUCCCGCAUCCUCGGGGUUUUUCACGGGCUUGAAGUCGCCGGCCCCCGAGCAGUUCCAGAGCCGGGAGGACUUCCGGGCUGCCUGGCUGAGCCACCGGAAGCUGGCCCGGUCUUGCCACGACCUGGACUUGCUGGGCCAGAGUCCCGGGUGGGGCCAGACCCAGGCGGUGGAGACGAACAUCGUGUGUAAGCUGGAGAGUUCGGGGGGCGCCGUGCAGCUUCCCGACACCAACGUCAGCAUCCACGUGCCCGAAGGCCACGUGGCUCCAGGGGAGACGCAGCAGAUCUCCAUGAAGGCUCUGCUGGACCCCCCGCUGGAGCUCAACAGUGACAGGUGCAGCUGCAUCAGCCCGGUGCUGGAGGUGAAGCUGAGCAACCUGGAGGUGAAAACCCACAUCUUCUUGGAGAUGAAGGUUUCAGCUGAGGUGAAAAGUGACAUUUUCAGCAAAAGCACGGUGGGCCUCCAGUGCCUGAGGAGCGACUCUAAGGAGGGGCCCUAUGUCCCCAUCCCACUCACCCACAGCUAUGGGGACACGGUCCAGGUCCAGCUGGACAACCUGGAGCCCUGUAUGUACCUGGCCAUUGUUGCCCACGGCCCCAGCAUCCUCUACCCUUCCACGGUCUGGGACUUCAUCAAUAAAAAAGUCACCGUGGGUCUCUAUGGCCCCAAACACAUCCACCCGUCCUUCAAGACGGUGGUGACCAUUUUCGGGCACGACUGUGCCCCCAAGACCCUACUGGUCAGCGAGGUCACCCGCCAGGCCCCUAGCCCGGCCCCGGUGGCACUGCAGCUCUGGGGCAAGCACCAGUUCGUCUUGUCCAGGCCCCAGGACCUCCGAGUCUGCAUGUUCUCCAACAUGACCAACUACGAGGUCAAAGCCAGCGAGCAGGCCAAGGCCGUGAGAGGCUUCCAGGUGAAGCUGGGCAAGGUGAGCCGCCUCAUCUUCUCCAUCAGCUGCCACGACGCCAGCGAGCUCUCCGACUUCACCUUGCGGGUCCAGGUGAAAGACGGCCGGGAGGCCAUCCUGACCCAGUUUUGCGUCCAGACCCCACAGCCACCCCCGAAAAGCGCCAUCAAGCCAUCCGGGCAGAGACGGUUCCUCAAGAAGAACGAGGUCGGAAAGAUCAUCCUGUCCCCGUUUGCUGCCACCGCCAAGUACCCGACGUUUCAGGACCGCCCCGUGUCCAGCCUCAAAUUCGGCAAGCUGCUCAAGACGGUGGUGCGACAGAGCAAGAACCACUACCUGCUGGAGUACAAGAAGGGGGACGCCAUCGCCCUGCUCAGCGAGGAGAAGAUCCGGCUGAAGGGGCAGCUGUGGACCAAGGAGUGGUACGUCGGCUACCACCAGGGCAGGGUCGGCCUCGUGCACGCCAAGAACGUGCUGGUGGUGGGCGAGGCGCGGCCCAGCCUCCUCUCCGGGCCCGAGCUGAGCACGUCGGUGCUGCUGGAACAGAUCCUGCGCCCGUGCAAGUUCCUCACCUACAUCUACGCCUCCGUCCGCACGCUGCUCAUGGAGAACAUCAGCAGCUGGCGCUCCUUCGCCGACGCCCUGGGCUACGGGAACCUGCCGCUCACCUUCUUCUGCCGGGCCGAGCUGGACAGCGAACCCGAGCGGGUGGCGUCCGUCCUGGAGAAGCUGAAGGAGGACUGCAACAGCACGGAGAACAAAGACCGGAAGUCCUUCCAGAAGGAGCUCAUGAUGGCCUUACUGAAGAUGGACUGCCAGGGCCUGGUGGUCAGGCUCAUCCAGGACUUCGUGCUCCUGACCACGGCAGUCGAGGUGGCGCAGCGCUGGAGGGAGCUGGCCGAGAAGCUCGCCAGGGUGUCCAAGCAGCAGAUGGACGCGUAUGAGUCUCCUCACCGGGACAAGAACGGGCUGGUGGACAGCGAGGUGAGCGGGGCCGCCCUUCCCCCCGCCUGUGAGACGCAGUGACGACAAUGUCUACCCUAUCGCAUUUUUGCGAGGACCACAUAGGUAAACUGUGAAGGCAAGUGCUUGGCACAUAGUGGGCUCUCGCCAAGCGGGGGCAGGCCUCUUCCUUCUCGGGAUCCUUAGUCGUGAGCCCGGGCCCUGGCGGCGGCAAGGCCACUCUCCCAUCAAGUGGGACGUUGGAACAGCAUCCUGGGAACUGCCCGUCCGUCCCUGAUCCCGAUCUUAAGUUACCUUCAGCCCGAUGAUGCUUUUGACGGAGCCCUUUGGGAUCGGUUCUGGUUGGGGCUCUGCCCCGCACGGUGUGAAGUGCAUACCCGAUACGUUGUCAGC